CAAACCCCAGCGUCCCUUCCCAAGCCCCUGGCCGGCUAAGCGGAACAGGGCGGAGCCGGUGUCGAGCUCGGCGAGGCGAGGGUGGCUCAGACUCGUCAGGCGCGUUUUUAGCCGGUUUUUGGGGGCGCGGAGUCGGUGAACUAUGCAGGCAGGCUCCAAGCAGGCAGUGCUGGCGGCGGCGCAGGAGCUGCUCAAAUUCGUGAACCGGAGUCCCUCCCCUUAUCAUGUGAUUGCUGAGUGUCGGUGUCGCUUGCUUCAGGCAGGCUUCCAAGAGCUGAAGGAAACUGAGCACUGGGAUAUCCAGCCUAACCGUAAGUACUUUGUGACCCGAAAUUUCUCAACAUUGAUUGCCUUCGCUGUGGGAGCCCAGUUCCAGCCUGGAAAUGGCUUUACCUUGAUCGGUGCCCACACUGACAGUCCGUGUCUGCGGGUGAAACGCAGUUCGAAGCGCAACCAGGAGGGCACCAUCCAGGUGGCUGUGGAGACCUAUGGGGGAGGCAUCUGGAACACCUGGUUUGACCGUGAUCUUUCUGUUGCUGGAAGAGUCAUUGUCAAGGACUCCUCCACAGGGCGGCUGGAGCACCAGCUGCUGAAGGUGGAACAUCCCAUUCUCCGCAUCCCACAUCUGGCCAUCCACCUCCAGCGCAAUGUGAAUGAGAGCUUUGGACCAAACACUGAGCAUCACCUGGUGCCGAUUCUAGCCACAGAAGCCCAGGCAGCACUGGAGAAGGAGGAAUCCAUGACAGGGACAACUUGCAGCACAUCAUUUCAGAAUCGACACCCUCCGGCUCUGUUGUCCCUCAUCUGCUCCCAGCUGGAAGUGAAACCUGAGCAAGUGGUAGAAAUGGAACUGUGUCUGGUGGAUACCCAGCCUCCUACACUAGGUGGCACCUUCAAUGAGUUCAUAUUCUCCCCUCGCUUGGACAACCUACACAGCUGUUACUGUGCUUUGCAGGCUCUGAUUGAAUCUAGUGAAGUACCUGGGGCUCUUGCCCAAGAGCCAAAUGUGCGCCUCGUUGCUCUUUAUGACAACGAAGAGGUUGGUUCAGAAAGUGCCCAAGGUGCGAUGUCCCUACUCACUGAACUCGUCCUUCGGCGUAUCUCGGUGUCACCCCAAAACCUGACAGCAUUUGAGGAAGCUGUACCAAAGUCCUGCAUGAUUAGUGCAGAUAUGGCCCACGCAGUGCACCCCAAUUAUGCGGAUAAGCAUGAUAAGAACCACCGACCAGAGUUCCACAAGGGGCCUGUAAUCAAAGUGAACAGCAAUCAGCGUUAUGCUUCAACUGCUAUCACGGAAGCACUGAUCCGUGAGAUUGCCAGCCGUGUGAAUGUCCCCCUUCAGGAAUUCAUGGUCCGGAAUGAUUCUCCCUGUGGCACCACUAUUGGCCCCAUCCUGGCCUCCCGCCUUGGCUUGCGCGUGCUAGACAUGGGCUGCCCACAGCUCGCUAUGCACUCCAUUCGCGAGAUGUGCUGCACAUCAGGAGUCCUUCAGGCCACGACUCUUUUCAAGGGCUUCUUUGAGCUGUUUCCAGGCCUGGAUCAAGAACUGACGAGCUAUUAAUGAACGUCUCAAAUGCUGGAAGAGGCUAGCCCCUCACUUUCUUUCCCCCAGUCCAGAAAACAAUUAAAACACCUUUAAUUCAG